AUGCGUUGCCAAAAAGCGCUAAAUCAUGGAGAUCUGUGUAACUUCACUUUUACUGACCAAAAUUCUAUUUUCGAUCACGGUUAUGAUCACUAUGGAGUAUGUAUCCAAUGUGGAGCUGAAGUCUCGAAACAGACAAUGAAAAGUCACAACCACAAAACCAGUGAAAAACACAAUAAAAAUCAUGUUUCAGAAAUUUUAAAACAAUUUAUCAAAGAAUUAGUUGGAGAUGAUGAUUAUGAAGAAGCAUUAAAGUUGUUCUCAAGAAGGAGAAGAAGACACACUAGGUUGAAUAAUGCAAUGAGAUAUGAUAUCUCGGAAGAAAGUAGUACCACAACUUUUCAAGACCUUCUUGAAUUAUACCCACUUGAGGAGAUUCUUCCCCCCAGUGCAGCAAAUGGAGCAUACGUACCCCUUGGUUCCUCCCAAGAGGCUUCCUGGGAGACGUUUGCCUCAUCAGUCUCUAAUGCAGAAAAUGAAUAUCUUAACCUGUUCCAAAAAGAUGUAGACGAUAUGUGGGUUCACAUAAGUGAGACAACAUACAACCACUUUUAUUCAACCAACAAAUGGGCAUCUAUAGUCAAUGGUGAUACAAAUGGUUGCCACAUAUUUCUGGAAUUUUUUCUAGAUUCAUUUAUGACUGGAUCCAAUGGUGCAUCUCAAUACGGUUUCUAUAUGGGGAUCAUAAACUCAACAUUGAAGCUGCCCAGAAAAAUUUUGAUAGCAAUAUUCCCAAAGGGUGCGCUUCCCAUUCAAUUUUGUUUGAAAAGAAUAAUCUCCCAUUGGAAGGAUUUAUUAGUAUACAAUCUUGAACCGGCACAAAGAGAAAUAAUGAAACAAAGAGGGAUUGACUUGGGUCUCAAAGAUAGUCCUAAAAUUACACCUGAAGAGGUUUUAAACUGCCAAGGAAUAAUUAAUAACUACAAGAGCGAGAUCGGAGGAAAUUUAGAACUAUCAAAGAUAAAUGCUUUCACUGGAAACACAAUGCUCAAACUGAUGACCUUUUCUCUUUAUAUAUUUGGCUGGAUGAAAACUCAUGAUAACAUUCGAUACCAACGUGUCUACAAGUGUUUAUUGAUUCAUGUCAGAUAUUUUUUUAUGUUACGUCAAAGAACCAUCACCGAAAAAGACAUCUCAACGAUUGAACAAUUAAUUUUGGAUUUUGGAAAUGAAUUUGAAUACUUAUACGGGUUCAAAAACCAUCAUAAAGCAACCACUACAAGAUUGACAAGGCCGAUGGAAAUCAAACGUACACGUCGUACUCCUCGGUCACCAUUCUCAGAGAGCAAUUCUCACUUGGCAAAUAUUUAUCAAUCACCAUAUGUUUCAAAUUAUGUUUCACAACAAUUCGAUUCAAACGAUAUGAACAAUGUAGAACAACCUACCAACACGUUUCCUACAUUUCUAUAUAACGCAAAUUCAACACAAAAUGAUCAUAAUGCAGGUGAUGAUAACAACCAGUACCAAUUGCAAAGUACAACAACUUAUAAGGUUCAAACACAUAGAUCAGAGCUCCACACGUCUACAAGUCUUUCGAAUAUGGGAAACGUUUUAGAGACAAGCUUAAACGAUGGAUUGAUGCUGAUAUCUUGGUUUUUGUCAUGA